CAAAGACAAUGACUCAUCAGCUUCUAACUUCAGUUUAUCUCUGCAUGCAUAGUUUCCUUCUCUUGUUGGCUCCUUUCCUUCUGCUCCUCCUUACCAUCAAACUAGUCUUAUCCAAGAGAUCAGUUAGGUUACCACCUUCUCCAUGGAAACUCCCACUCAUUGGAAACCUCCACCAAUUUGGCUCCCACCAAAUCCUUCACAAGCUCUCAAAUAAGUAUGGCCCUCUCAUGUUUCUAAAACUUGGUCAAGUUCCAACUCUUCUUGUUUCAUCUUCCCAAAUGGCAAAGGAGAUCAUGAAGACUCAUGAUCACAUCUUUGCUAGCAGGCCUGUUCUGAAUGCUUCUCGCAUAAUACUUUAUAAAAACCGUGACAUGGCCUUUGCGCCAUAUGGCGAGUACUACAGACAGAUGAGAAAGAUAAGUGUGACCAAUCUCCUCAGCAUGAGAAGGGUGCAAUUAUUUCAUGCUGCAAGGAAGAAGGAGGUCGUUCAUUUCAUAGAUAAGAUUGUUUCUCAUGCUUCUUCUCACCCAUUAGAGGCAUUAAACAUGAGUCACAUGUUGUUUUGCUUCACUAAUGACGUCCUUUGUAGAGCCAUAUUGGGUGAGUUCUCUAGAGAUCUAGAAGGUAGAAACGAGAUGUUUAUGGAGUUGAUAGAGGAGAACAUCUUUUUAUUUAGUCGCUUUAAUUUAGAGGAUUUCUUUCCUUCACUUAGAUGGAUAAAUUCAUUACUUUGUAUUGAUGGGAGGGCUAAUAGAACUUUCACAAGGUGGGAUAGGGUUCUAACUCAGAUGAUUAAGGAACAUGAAAACAAAGACGAUGGAAAUCUCAAAGAUGAUGACUUUGUGGAUGUCUUGCUCUCGCUCAAGAAUGAUCCUAAACUUGGUUUUAGUCUUACUGAGGAGAAUAUUAAAGCCCUCCUGCUGGAUAUGUUUGCCGCUGGAACAGACACGACUUACAUAACAUCUGAAUGGGCAAUGGGAGAGCUUGCUAGGAACCCAAAUGUCAUAGAAAAAUUACAACAUGAAAUCAAUGGCAUAGCAGGUGGGAAACCAAUGGUUGAUGAAAAUGAUUUGCGAGAGAUGCACUAUCUCAAAGCUGUCCUCAAAGAGGUUCUUAGACUUCACCCUCCGGCUCCAUUACUUCUUCCAAGAGAAUCCAUAGACGAUUGCCAAAUUGGGGGAUACGAAAUACCAAAGAAAACUAGGGUUAUCAUUAAUAGUUGGGCUAUUGCAAGGGAUCCGAAAAUAUGGGAUAUGCCUAACGAGUUUAUCCCAGAGAGAUUUCUGAAUAAUUCUAUAGACUUCAAAGGACAAGAUUUUGAAUUAAUUCCUUUUGGUUCAGGUAGAAGAAUAUGUCCUGGAAUGGGGUUUGCAGUCAACAACAUAGAACUUCUAUUAGCAAACCUUAUUCAUAGGUUUGAGUGGAAAUUGCCAGAUGAUUUUGUUAGUGAAGUAAACAUGGCUGAAGCUCCUGGAAUAACGACUAGGAUGAAAAAAACCUUGAAUCUUAUUCCCAAGCCUCUCUUCUAAUUAUGAUAUAUAUAUAUAUAUAUAAUAUAGUAUUAAAAAGUUAUCCUGUAUGCUAUCAUGCCUUUUUUGAGAUCCAAUACUAUGGGCUCAAAAUUGUGAUGUUAUGUUAUAGUGUCUGGAAGAAUAAAUAAAA